AUUUGCUUCAGUGAGGAGUGUUGUGAUUACACUGAUCAGAUGACCAUACAAUCACCAGCUUGGUGACUUUAUUCAGCAACACAGCAUAAUAUAUUGGUGUCACAAGGACAAGAAGUCAUGUUGACUAUUCUGUUGGUCGCAGUAAUAUUUGGCCAAGGACAGUCAUGUGACUAUGGGAAAUACUUCAUCACGGCAUUCCCAGAGAACAUCGCCUUCUACUAUCCAUAUAUUCCAUCAAAUUAUCUAAAAAUCACCGCCCUCUAUAAUGACACUUCAGUGGACGUUUACUCGUAUAACACAUUGAUGUUCACUAGCAUACUGCAAUCAGGAGAGACUGAAAAUGUGAGCCUAAAUGUUCAGCUAUAUAAAUUCGGUCACUCCAGCAGGUCUGUCAUAAUAAACAGUUCAGAUUACAUUGUAGUGCUGUCAGUCAGUCAGCAAGGCGAUAGUAUGCAGACACAUGUUGUUCAGCCUUUAAAAAAUCUUGAUACAUUUUACACUAUCCCCUGCCUGAAUUACAGUGAGAUGAUUUCUACCUUCAAUAAAAUGGGUCAAAACAUCAGCAAGAAAAACAGUUUAUUCAGGCUGGUCAUUAUAAACUCAGAAGAUGUAAGUAACCAUGUGAUAAUUCAAAAACAACAGUUUCCGUACACUGAAAUCAUACUUGAUCCUAAUGGCCUUGUGCAACUUCCUAUCAAUGGUUCGGAAAUCGCCAUAGAAGCUGAUUAUAAAGUGGCUGUACUGCUUACCCACCCAUGUGUAGAAACAUCAAGUUGCAGGUGCAACAUAGUGGUGAACCAACUUCGUCCAGAUUUCAAGUGGAGUAAUUUCUUUUUGCUGCCCUCAGUAGUGAACAUGAACGAAACUUUGCUACAUGUGACAUCAGCAAUGAACAUUCAACUGAGUGGUGCGAAUCUAGAACCCACUAAUUUUGAACCCUAUCCCUCAAAUCUCCUGUCCAUCCCAUCUUUACAGUCAAAUUCCCAAUACAUCCUCGCCUCUGAUGCUGUUUCCCUUCGAAUUAUCAGUCCAGGCCUCUUCAUUGAACUGAUCCCAGAAUACAGGUUUCAUGCUUGUUACAUGGUCCAGUUCAGUUCGAAACAUGGUGAGGUCUUGGUGAUAGCUGAAACAGCCUACAAGGAUAAUGUGUACAUAGAUAACAGAUUGCUUUCGUCCACUGGCUGGAGACCCAUUGCCCAAUCAGAGUACUCCUCUGUCUCCGUGACCGUUGAAGGUGAUCAUGUCAUCUGGCAUUCAUCCUCAAUAAUUGGAGUGUACAUGUUUGAGAGGAUGAGGAGUGGAAUUCUUUAUGGAGGCCCAGCUAUAGCUUUGAAGGUGGAGCCAGACCCCCUUGGCUGUUUAUUGCACUCUUCUGGGUUUGAAAUCAUUCCAACACCCAUGACUUGGGUUCAAUCCUACCAAAACUGUAUGUUAACAAAAGGUGAGCUGUUCAGUCCAACCUCCGCGGAGGACCAAAUGCUGAUCAGCAACUUUCUGAACGAUCAAGAAAUAAAAGAGGACCUCUGGAUUGGACUGCGGUGCAGUCUGUUCUCAUUGGACUGGUACUGGCAGAAGGGUAACAUGAGUACAUACAACGUGAGCUACACACAUUGGGCAACUGGGGAGCCCGGUGAUCAAGUGAAGGGCAUGUGUGCUUCAACAUCCCCAAAUCCAUCAAAUUCCAUCAAAGAUUUCCCUUGGAAAAGUGUGCAAUGCUGUACUAAUUUGAAGUCUGUCUGCUACAGGCAAGCUAAGUACUUCAGUCUGUAAGAACUAGCCACAGUGGUUGCUAAACUUUAGUGUAAAAAAAUACAAUAACAUUACAAGAUAGCAUUUUGUAUAAAUUGUGUAAACCGUAUACAUCAUUAAAAUAAGCUAAUGUUAAUAUACCAACCUAAUUGAGCUACUAGAAGUAGUAGUUCUAGUUGUUGUUAAUAUAUAUACACAUAGAUGUGGAUUUGUUUAUGAUCUAUGGACAAAUGAAUGAUUUCAGCUUAUUUCACAAAUACCUUCUGGAAGUUCAUAAUGACUUUAUGUAUCUCAAGAAAUUACUAUUACCAUGUAUAAUGUAUUUAGGCCUAUAUCUUGUUACAUGUAUAUCUUAUUCACAAUGCUCACACUGUUGAUCUGGAGACAUGUAUUUCUAUGCAGUUAUUAGCACUUUAUCUUUACAAAAUAAUAACAAUAAUAAUAAUAAUACAUUUAAUUUUUGUUAGUUUCGUCAUUUCAUUUAGUUAAUUUAUUUAAGGAAAUUACUUGGAAAAAGAAAUUACUUGGACAUUUAUAAACAUAACAUUCUCAGCAUAUUAAAGUACCUCUAAAAUGUUCUAAACAUUUAGAUUACACUAUUUUUUUGAUACAUAUGUGCCUAUUAAGCUGUGUUUAUAUAAUCAAAAUUUGUUUGACAUGAGAGUGAGUAAAUGACGACAGAGUGGGUGAACCAACCCUUUAACUAUGGACAUGUUCCACAAAUUUGACAACUAGAAAGUGUCCACACACUUGAUUUUGAAUCUAUUGUUUUUGAUAUUCAUACAGUCUUACUUGAAAUAUAUGUUUGCACUAUAUUUCUUUAAAAUACUUGGUUUUAUAUAUAUAUAUAAUGCAAAGAUAUUCAUACAUUUUAAAUGUGGCUAAAGUGUCUGAAUACUUUUGAGGGCCACUGAAUAUUAAUUGCUUACUGUUAAUAAACUUUCAGCUUUCAUGCCUAGUGUGUGCAUACUAUUCCUACUGAGGUUUUGUGAUUUGAAACAUGUGAUAAAUGACAAAUUGCCAUUGCAUCAACAUCUCAUUAUUCAAAGUUCUAUGGUGAUAAUGUGUUUCCAAUGCAAAAUGGGCUUGUACUGCAUAAAAAACACACACAUGAAAUCAUUUUGUUCAGAGAGAUAAAGAACUGUGGCCUUGUCACUUCAGCUUGACUGAUACAAAACUAAUAGCUGUCACUGCUCAAAUCAACUGCGCUGGUCUCAUAAAACCAAUGAGUAAAAUAGAGAUGCUGUCUGUUGUAUUUUUCAUGUCAUUGCUUUGUCAGGGGCUGUCAGUGGUGAGCUUUGGGAAAGAAUUCAUCACAGCAUUUCCUGAGAACAUUGCCUUCUACUUUCCACAAGACUCCAGGAAUGCUCUCAAAAUCACUGCUUUCCAUAAUGACACCAUCGUCACGGUCACCUUCAACUUCACAGAUAGAAAUAUUACACUGCAUUCAGGGCAGACUAAUAUUUUAAAUUUUCCAAAGGAUGUUGAGGUAUGUUUUUUCAUGUCAUCCCAAAAGUCUGUAAAAAUUGUCAGCAAUAAAAUCAUUGUGGUGCUUUGGAUCAGUCAACGAGGAGAUAGCGUGCAGACUAAUGUUGUUCAGCCUACACCAAAUCUGGGAACACGUUAUUCUAUCGCUGCUUUGAAUUACAAUGCAAUGACUGCAUCUUCGAUUGAGGAGUCAACUCUGUUUGCGCAGAACAGCUUGAGAUAUGGUUCAGUCAGGCUGAUUAUUAUCAAUGCAAUGAACAUAACAAACACCAUCUCUGUCCAAAUUGUCAGCACGAAUGGUCAGAAAGAUAAUAACUUUACACUCAGCCCUUACGAACUUUACCAGUUUUCUACCAGUGGAUCAGCGACAAUGGUAUACAGUAGUAAUAAAGUGGCUUUACUGCUGACGCACCCAUGUGCAGAAACAACAAUAUGUGGAUGCAACAUGGUGGUGAGCCAGAUUCUACCUAUGGAUAUGUGGGGUAAUGAAUUUGUUGUGCCAUCAUUGAGGAACAUGAGCACAGCUUGGCUACAUGUUACAUCCACAACUAAAGAUACUGACAAAAAUCUGAUUCGAACACUUAUUCAGUCUAAUUCUUCAGAGCUAAUACCCUUCCCAGACCUUGAUGUGAAAUCCCAAUACAUUACUGCACCAAACAAUGUGUCCCUCAGGCUUAUCAGUCCAGGCAUCAUCAUUGAACUGAUCCCAGUUACCAUGUUUGGUGCCUGCUUCCUGGUGCAGUUCAACUCCACACAAGGUGAGGCUUUUGUGAUUGCUGAAGACAGAGAUAAGCAUAAUGUGCAUAUCGACAAUGGCUUACUUUCAACGUCUGUCUGGAGAAACAUUUCCAAAUCAAAUUACUCCACAAAAUCAGUGCCCCUUGAUGGCACACAUAUUAUCUGGCAUCCAACCUCAAAGAUCGGAGUGUACAUGUUUGAGAGGAUGGUGAGCGGAAUUGUUUAUGGAGGCCCAGCUAUACUUUUAAAUGAACAGCCAGACCAUGAUGGCUGUGUGGCAGAAGGUGUAGAGUUUAUAACUGCUACUGAUCUCAUGACAUGGCCUGAGUCCCAUCAAUACUGCUUGAAUGGAAGUUACCAAAUGUUCAGCCCAACCAACAAGAUGGCCCAGGAUAAGAUGACCAUGUGGCUCCAAAAAAAUGCAAAUCAGGAGGAUAUCUGGAUAGGACUGCGGCGCAGUCUGUUAACAGAAGAGUGGUACUGGCAAAUUGGCAAUGAGAGCGUUCGCAACGUGAACUAUACGCUGUGGGCCGAUGGGCACCCAGUGGAGCCUCAAAAUGCUUUGUGUGCUUCUGUAUCACCCCAAGCUGGCAGGAAUUUCUUCUGGAAGAGUGUGCGCUGUUGCUUUAAAUUAAGGCCUGUCUGCUUCAAAAGUGCCACAUACUUCAAUGAAAUUACAUUUGAAAUGGUUGAUUUUAACAUUUCAGCUGUUUAAUAAUGUUGUUUUCCAACUAAGAGGCACAUGUAUUUUACUCCUUGGAAAUCCCAAUGAAAGAAAAUGUAUGCUUUUUAAAAAAAAUUGUUUUAAGUUAGUGAAAGUAUGAGAUUUAUUCUUGGUCACAAUUGUAACCAGUGGGGAAAUACAGAAUAGGUGUGUGACAGUCAUUUUGCUCAGUCGCUCAAUAGAACCUGAUAGAAAAUUGCAUAAAAUAAAGUAUAUACAUAUAUAUAUAUAUAUAUAUAUAUAUAUAUAUAUAUAUAUAUAUACACACACACACAAUAUUACAAAUAUGUGGAUCUGUUUAUAGCCCUAGUUUGCGGCACUUCUUAUAUUACUGUCUUUUUGGGAUGAGUUGCCUGUAAUUGUUUUUCUAAUUUGCAUAUUACUUUGGAACAAUUAGUCUGCUAAAUUAAUAAAUAUAAAUGUAUGGCCUAACUAUUUGAUAUUGCUCAAAAUAAAACUGAAUCCUCAUAGAUAUGACAACUGUUGGCUCUUAUGAGAAUAUAGACAGUGCAAUAAAAGAUCUAUAGGCCCUAUAAAAAGACUUGGAGGUCUAUUUGGCUUGGUUUUGUAUGCUACCUUUUUUUGUAUGUGUUUAAAACCUUUCCUCUGUUCUGGCUCAAUCCUUAUACUCUUGAAUUUGCAUGGGUCUCCACAGUUUAGAUUGUCCUCAUGAUAUUUUUAAGUUCACUAUCACCUCCAUGCUAUGAUGUUCUUUAGGCAGAUCUUUCAGUGCAGCCUGCUGCGAUUGCAGCUGCUUAUUGUAUUUUUAAGAAGCAAACAUUCCCAUUGACACACAGGCAUAACAUGGGCAGAUAACAGGUAAAAUUCCAAGUUUAUUUAAUCAAAAUAUGCAUGAUAUAAAAUAGCAAAGCAAUUUUGCUCAGUUGGUUUGCUACCAGAAUUUCAGUACACCACCAUAGGCUGUAUAGGCCUACAUUUGUUUUAUUACAGAAAAGUGCAAGAUGUUUCAUGUUGCUACGUGUAUGGAACAUUACGUACUGCAUAUUUAUUAAACAUAUCAUCAGAAAUAACUGAAAAUAAACUUCUAGCAAUCAAAUUGAUACAUAAUGCUGCAAUGCUAGCACUUGUU